UUGUAUAUUAGGUUUUUAUAAAUGACAAAGUGCUCUGCAAAACCAGGCCUGGGGUUUUAGACUCUCUCUAUUUCUCUCUAUCUCUCUCUCUUGCUGGGAAAUUUAUGUUCUUAAGCUCGGAUUGCUCGCUCUAUCUGUGUAGCUAGAUCUCUGAUCAGGCGUUUCAAGUUGCAUGGAAGAGAAUAAUCAUUGAAGCUAUAAUUUGCACAUGUAUCCAAAGCGUUCUGGUCAAGGAGAUGGGCCUGUUGCAAGGCCAGUACGAACAAGUGAUAGGCUCCGUAGGAGGCCGAAAGUUUUUAGUCGAACAUACUUGUAUUACACUCCCACCAUCAUCCGGAGCAGGAAAGGUAAAACUAAGACAAGGACAGCUGCUUCUCGAAUUGCUAAGAUGUUGUGUCCAUCAAAUCGGCCAACACGGAGCCCAAAUAAUAAUUCAGUGGCAACCAAUCUUCGACGCUCUACCAGAAAGAGGAGGAUUUCUGUAAAUCUUGAAGAUUAUACAGACAGUUCGGGAUCAGAAGAUGAAGACUUGAUGAAACCAACUUAUCGAACCUUGAGGAACCGAAUUGAUAAUAAUGUCAGUCAGGAUGAGUUAUCAUCUCCAAAGUUUAAGAAGAUUGUGAAUACCAGAUCAACCCCUCGACGUGAAGGAUUACGACCGCGUGGUUCAAAAACAGUUGCAAGAGAACAAUUGAAUUUAGAAUCUGGUGAUGAACAUGAAACUUUUGAGAAGGUUGUUGAGGAUGAAACUGAAAAUGGGAAUGAACUUGAUGAUAAUGAUGCAGAUGAUGGUCAGAAUGAUGAUGAGGCUGAGGAUGAGGGUGAUGGAGAGGGUGAAGAUGAAGGAGAGGAAGAUGGUGAUGAUGAAGAAGGUGAAGAGGAAGAACAGGAAGGAAGGAGGAGAUAUGAUCUCCGAAAUCGUGCUGAUGUCCGUAGGCUUUCUAUGGAAGAAGGAAAGCAAAGACCACGAUCUCCGAGGAGGGUAUUGCAUCAAGGAUUAGGGACUAGGGUUAAUAGGGAUGUAAGGAAGGGUGGAUCACGAGUUCACAAGCGUCAUCGUAUGACUAGAGCUGAAGAUUCUGAUGAUUCCCUGCUUGUGGAUGAGCUGGACCAGGGACCUGCUAUUCCUUGGUCUCGAGGAGGGAGCAGAUCUGGUCCACCUUGGCUCUUUGGGGGACUAGAUGUCCAUGGGACUACAGCAUGGGGAUUGAAUGUGGCUGCAUCUGGUUGGGGUCAUCAGGGUGAUUCUAUUCCUACAUUAACUUCUGGGAUUCAAACUGCUGGGCCAAGCUCUAAGGGAGGGGCAGAUAUUCAACCUUUACAAGUUGAUGAGAGUGUAAGUUUUGAUGAGAUAGGUGGGCUUUCAGAAUACAUUGAUGCUUUGAAGGAGAUGGUAUUUUUCCCCCUGCUAUAUCCCGAUUUCUUUGCCAGCUACCAUAUCACCCCACCAAGGGGAGUAUUGUUAUGUGGUCCUCCUGGCACUGGCAAAACAUUGAUUGCCAGAGCAUUAGCUUGUGCUGCUUCAAAAGCUGGUCAGAAGGUUAGUUUUUACAUGCGUAAGGGUGCUGAUGUACUUAGCAAAUGGGUGGGUGAGGCUGAAAGACAACUGAAAUUGCUUUUUGAGGAGGCACAAAGGAACCAGCCUUCCAUAAUCUUUUUUGAUGAAAUAGAUGGACUUGCUCCAGUGAGGUCAAGCAAACAAGAGCAGAUACACAAUUCUAUUGUUUCCACUUUGCUUGCUUUGAUGGAUGGUCUAGAUUCUCGUGGACAAGUUGUUUUGAUUGGAGCAACCAACAGAGUCGAUGCCAUUGAUGGAGCUUUGCGUCGCCCUGGUCGUUUUGAUCGUGAAUUUAACUUUCCUUUGCCUGGUUGUGAAGCACGUGCUGAAAUACUAGACAUUCACACUCGAAAAUGGAAGCAACCUCCUUCAAAAGAACUAAAAUUGGAACUUGCAGCUAGUUGUGUUGGGUAUUGUGGUGCUGAUUUAAAGGCCCUAUGCACUGAAGCUGCCAUCCGUGCUUUUCGUGAAAAAUAUCCACAAGUGUAUACAAGUGACGAUAAGUUUCUGAUUGAUGUUGACUCGGUCAAGGUUGAAAAGUAUCAUUUUAUUGAGGCCAUGUCCACAAUUACCCCUGCUGCUCACAGGGGUGCUGUUGUGCAUUCUAGGCCAUUGUCUUUAGUAAUUGCACCAUGUUUGCAAAGACAUCUCCAGAAAGUCAUGAAUUGUAUUUCCGAUAUAUUUCCCCCCCUUGCAGUGUCAUCAGAAUUUACGAAGCUUUCUAUGCUAUCUUAUGGGUCUGCAAUUCCUCUUGUGUACAGGCCACGGCUUUUGCUGUCUGGUGCUGAAGGUUCUGGCCUGGAUCAUCUUGGGCCUGCAAUUUUACAUGAACUGGAAAAAUUUCCUGUUCAUUCUCUUGGACUUCCAUCUCUUCUUUCAGAUCCUAGUGCAAAGACACCAGAGGAAGCAUUGGUACAUAUAUUUGGUGAAGCGAGAAGGACAACACCUUCAGUCCUUUAUAUACCCCACUUAAAUCUUUGGUGGGAUAAUGCACAUGAACAGCUCAGGGCUGUUCUAUUGACUCUAUUGGAAGAAUUGCCAUCCGAUUUGCCAAUUCUAUUGCUCGGAACUAACACAGAACAACCCAAUGUCCCUGAUACGCAGCCACCUCCAGUAUUUGCGCAACGUUCCAUCUAUCAAGUGGACCUACCGACAACUGAAGAAAGAUCUUUGUUUUUUAACCAUUUAAUUGAAGCUGCCUUGUCAGUCUUGUUAGUGGGUAUAACAGAGAAAUCCAAAGAAUCAGUGUCCCUUCCUGAUCUUCCCAAGGUACCAAAAGUGGCAAGUGGCCCAAAGGCCUCAGAGUUAAAAGCCAAGGUAGAAGCUGAGCAGCAUGCCCUUCGCCGAAUGCGUAUGUGCCUCAGAGAUGUUUGCAAUCGGAUAUUGUAUGAUAAACGGUUUAGUGCCUUCCAUUAUCCUGUCACAGAUGAGGAUGCUCCAAAUUAUCGCACCAUAAUCCAGAAUCCUAUGGACUUGGCUACUCUGCUGCAGCGUGUUGACUGCGGUCAGUAUAUUACAUGCUCAGCAUUCUUGCAAGAUAUUGAUCUAAUCGUGACCAAUGCAAAGAUGUAUAAUGGAGACGAUUACAAUGGUGCCAGGAUUGUUAGUAGGGCAUAUGAGCUUCGGGAUGCAGUACAUGGAAUGCUGUCCCAGAUGGACCCAGCACUCGUUGCAUACUGUGACAAGAUUGCUGCCCAAGGGGGUCCAGUUCAUGUACCAGAUGAUUUAGGGGGAUCUAUUUUCCCGUCAACCCCUGUUGUGCAGCUGGCAGCUGUUACCAGAGCAAGUGCCCGACUACGUAAUGUACAGCCAGAGGUUAAUCUGGAUCAAAGCUACGAGGCUUUGAAAAGGCAGAAGAAAAACGUUGAUUCAGCUUUGAUGGCAGAAGAAAAAUCCAGGCAUCAAGAUGCAGUACAGGUAGAGACAGUAGCAAAUGAAACAGAUCCUGAAAGGCCAGAAUCCCCAGCUGCUGAACCCAAUAGGCUGGAAACCUCCAGAGAAGCUUCUGUUCAUACUGAACCAAGUGGAUCCCAAGAUGCUACUAUGUUGGAUGCCGAAAUAUCAAGCAAAAUCCAGUAUGUGAAGCAGCUAUUUGUGGACCGCACAGAAAAUUAUGGCAUUCCACAGCUUGAGAGGCUUUACACCCGUAUAAUGAAGGGCGUCUUUGAAACCAAGGACAAAGAGAAAAUUGAAGACGACCCCAAGCACUCAAUUUUGAAGUUUUUGGUGAAAUUUGCCGAGGACGAGUCAAAUUUCUGAACUAGAUAUCUUUUUUCUUUUCCUUUUUUAAAUUUCUUAGAUAAAAAAAAGGGAAUCUUGCAGUUAGUUGAUGUAAAGUCGGGAUUUUCUUUUCAAUGCAAAAGUUAUUGAGUGAAAAAAGUAGCUCCAUCUCCUCUCAAAGUCUUUGGCAUUUCCAUAAA